CCAGUGACAAAUCGCAACCGAGUUUUGGCUUUUCAGAGCUCCCCCGUUUCCCUCUCAAUUCUCUCUUCUCCAUUUCUCCACCACCACACAGAAGAUAGUGUACAAGGACAAUACUUGAUUGGUACUCAUGGGAAGUGCUCCUGAGUCUGUCAUCAAGGAAACAAAUGAAAACUUGCUAGCUGAGAAGAAGGUUAAAGUUGUUUUUGUCUUAGGUGGUCCAGGCAGUGGGAAAGGCACCCAGUGUGCAAAUAUUGUGAAACACUUUGGGUACACUCAUCUCAGUGCUGGUGAUCUUCUACGAGCAGAAAUUAAAUCUGGUUCUGAAAAUGGGAAUAUGAUUCAGAGCAUGAUUAAGGAGGGAAAGAUUGUUCCUUCAGAAGUAACAAUUAAGCUUCUUCAACGAGCAAUACUGGAAGACAGUAACGACAAAUUUCUUAUUGAUGGUUUUCCCCGUAAUGAGGAAAACCGUGCUGCAUUUGAGGCUGUUACUAAAAUUGAACCCGAAUUUGUCCUGUUUUUUGAUUGUUCGGAAGAAGAGAUGGAGAGGCGCAUUCUGAACCGGAAUCAGUUAACUUUUCAUUCACUCCUCACACCCACUUUAGAGGAGCAACAACAAGACUAUUGCAAGCAUAUAGAUAAACAAGAAGCUUCAACAGAAAUGUUGCACCAAUCAAAUGCCUCACAAGAUACCAAGAAGGAUGACUUAAGGCAUGAAAAAAGCUCAUCUGACACUGUUACAUAUGUUGUUGUUGCUACUGCUGCAAUGGCAGAAAGAACAACAAAUGAUGCAGUUGCCCCAUUAAUAGUGGAUGUUAUAGAUGAUGAAGUGGAGAGGAAUGACAUUCCCAUGGAUGUGAAUAUUGGCAUGGAAGCUUCUAGAAACCUUCACCUUGUAGAAAAACACAUGACUAAAGAGUUGAAAGAUGAUUACUCUAAUGAUGAUCCAGUUAUUGAUAUUGCCAAGUUGUUUGGGUUUUCUACCGGUAAUAUUCGCGUCGUGACGGUGACUGCAUUGCGGUUUUCAACCCUAUUUUUCCAGUUUACACUCGAUUCCAUUUCAGCCCCAGGCUAA